AUGAUCCAUCCAUAUCGAGCAGCAAGAUUUUGGAAAGGACGAUUUAAAGAAUCUUACUUCCAGUUCAUAAAGCUCAUCAAGGUCGCCUGGACUUUGAUCACAAUGGGGGUGAAAGACCGCCCCCAGUGCUACUUUGAUGUGGAGCUCAACCGGGAGCCAGUUGGGCGCAUAGUCUUUCAGCUUUUCUCAGAUAUUUGCCCCAAGACAAGGGAAAAGGGAACUGGGAAAAUCACAGGGAAAAAGCUGUGCUACAAAGGCUCCACAUUUCACAGAGUUGUGAAAAACUUUAUGAUCCAAGGAGGCGACUUCACAGAAGAUGAAAAUCUUUCCCUCAAACACGACAGAGCUUUCCUGUUGUCGAUGGCCAAUCGUGGGAAGGACACCAAUGGUUCACAGUUUUUCAUAGUCCACGUCGUCUUUGGUCUCGUAAUCUCUGGCUUUGAAGUGAUAAAGAAGAUUGAAGGGCUGAAGACUGAUUCAGCUAGCAGACCGUAUGCUGAUGUGAGGGUGAUGGACUGUGGGCAGCUGAUCACAAAGUCUGCAAAUGAUGUGCUUGAAGACAAGCGGAAAAGAGGCUCCCAUUCUGCUGACUCGUGCCUCAGCUCUAAUGGCUCGUCCUCCCACUUCUGCUCGUCGGUGGACUCUGACAGUGAGGCAGAUAAAAAGCACAAACAUUACAAGCACAAAAGACAUGCAAAGAGUAAACGGUCCAAAAAGAAAAGGAGGACAACAAAGGGGGAGAAGAAUAUGGACGUUCAGCCCUCCAAACAAAGGCCAGGGGAAGAAGAGCUUCUGGAGGGAGAGAAUGAAGUGGAAGAAGAGAAGGAGCAGGGAGUGAAGAGGGAGAAGCCCGUGGUGCGGCCGGAGGAAAUCCCACCUGUGCCAGAGAAUCGCUUCCUGCUGCGACGGGACAUGCCGUCUCAGGAAAGAUAUCACACUCCCACACAGUCUAAGUCACGCUCUGCGUCCGUGGAGGAGCGAGGAAGCAGUGAGACUCCACCACAUUGGAAGGAGGAAAUGAAAAGGACCAAAAACUAUCAGCCCCCGAGCGUGGAGAGGUGGAGCAAAGGGGACAAAUUGAAUGACCAUUCCUCAAGCAGAUGGGAUAACAGAAGUGACUCCGCGUGGUCUCGGUCUGCUGAUCACUCCUCGGACCGCAGCUCUGAGAGGUCAAGCCAGCGCCGGCAGCCAAAAAAGGAGAAGAAGAAAAACAAGCGCAAGAAGAAAGCAAAAAGGCACAAGCACGACAAGAAGAAGGUCUCCAAGAGCAAACCUAAGAAAAAAUACUUGUCAGAUGGCGAAAGCAAGAGCAUCCCCGUCCCCAGACUGCCGGGAGUUCCGGUUCCUGAUAAGGUCCCUGUGAUCCCGCUUAGUGAUAGCCCUCCUCCCUCCCGCUGGAAACCGGGCCAGAAACCGUGGAAACCUUCCUACAUUCACAUUCAGGAAAUUAAAGCUAAAGUCGUCUCCAGUAACACCCUCUCCACUGAACCAACAGCCGCAAACGUCACAGAAAAGGUUCAGACUUCAGUUGCACCAAAGUCUGGGCAUGGUGACGGCAAAGACCGAAAAGUCUCCAGACUAAGGCGGCGUUCGCCGAGCAGGUCAUCCAGAAGCAGGUCCUACAGUCGUUCUUACAGUCGCUCCCAGAGCAGAAGUCCUAGUAGGUCCAGGUCAAGAUCCUCUCAUCAGUACAAGAGCAGGUCAACGUCCUACAACAGGUCAGACUCUGAAAAGUCCCAGAAAGCAAGUAGCAACAAGAAACCUUCAUCAGAUAAGGGUUGGAACGAGUAUCACAGUUCUCUGAAGAGGCUAAAAAAUGUAGACAAGUAUAUUUCACUCAGAAGUAGCCAGGAUGGUCUCUCGGGCUCAGAGAAAGGCACAGGCAGCGAGCUCAGUCAUGUUAGCAGCUUUAUAGAGAAGGAAAUCUAUCCUUGUGUCCCAGAUUCACAUGGUUCUAAAAGAAAAUAUUACAGUGUGCUGCAGGCAGAGAGCUUCAAUAACAAAUGUGAAUGGGAUAGUGACAGUGACAAAGUGAGCCAAAGCCACAGUGCUGUGCCAUUAAAAAAGCAGAAGCAAGCUGCUCAGCCUGCAGAACCGCUUAACAAGAAACUGUCUGAUCUCACUGGGUGGAAUUCAGAGAGCGAUCCCGAAAAUAUAACCAGCAGGAUAUUAGCGAUUUCUGAAAAGGAGGAAGGAGAGGCUACUUCAGAAUCCGACUCUGAAGGUCUGAAGAAUACGUCAGAGGCAGGGCUCACUCUGGCUUAUAAGAUUGCUGCUCCUGCUCCCUCUUCUGGUCCAUCAGAUGAAAGUCCUGAGAAUACUGCACAGCCCCAGAAGCACAAAAGUAAGAGGAAAGCCAAACGGAAGCAUAAGCAUAAGAGGAAAGGUGAGAGUAAGACUGGUUCUCAUCACAGUAAAGAUAAAGCAAAGAAAUCCAAGAGAAAACAUCAGAAACUGAAAGAGACUUUCCACUGGCAGCCGCCUUUAGAGUUUGGAGAGGAGGAAGAAUGUGAUGAAUUUAAAAGGGAAAAACACAGUCCUCUAGUAGUUAAAGACAAUCCUGAUAAGAAUAUGUUACAUAACAACCAAAAUUCAACUGAUUUGAUCAAGGAUGCCACUAAAGAAGAAAGAGGUCAGCAAAGGUCAAAAGAAAGUAACAAAAACACUAAACAUUUGGAGCCUCAUCCGCCGUCGUCCCACAGGCACAGUGCAAACGCCCCUCAGCUGCCAGGCGUCAAAGAGCAGGGCUCUUUAGAUAUGGACAUUUGCACUCCGGAGCGCGGUGGGGAUAUCGUCCAGCCUCCACUCGCACGCGGCUCCUUCAACAAAGCACCUGAGUCGGCCCUAAAAUCUACCUCAAAGCCCGCAGAAACGGCAGCUACCGACGGCACGGCUCAGGUAAAAGAGUCCGCCGCCACUUCCACGACCGCCGGCCGGCCGCAGGACGAAGCCCCGGCCGGCAAGGGUGGGGUCAACUUCAAAUGGAGGCCGCUGAAGGGCACGCCAGCGCUGCACAGCGCCGUCAGGCCGGCCGCCUCCGCCAAGAGCCCGCAAGUUCAGGAGAGCCAGACCCCCCACGCGCAGGGGGUGAAGAUGGAGAUCAAGAGCAAAAGCCGCGUCCGGCCCGGUUCCCUGUUCGACGAGGUCCGGAAGACGGCGCGGCUCAACCAGAGGCCAAGAAACCAAGAAAGCUCCAGCGAGGAAAGCUCCCCCUCCGUGGGAAAGGCCAAAGGAACCUCUCACGCCCGAUCCCCCAAGAAGUCCAGGUCCACGUCUAGACAGUCCCGCUCAGCGUCCAGCCAGCGCUCCCGCUCCCGGGGCUGGUCCCGCUCCUCCAGCCGCUCCCGGAGCAGGUCCCACAGCUCCAGCUACUCCUCCAGAAGCCGCAGCCGGAGUCGGAGGAGACGCGGGCGAGGACGCUCCCGCUCGCGCAGCAGCACCUACAGGAGCUACAGGAGCCACAGCCGGACGUACAGCCGGAGUCUUUCCCGAAGCUGCUCGUAUCGCCGUAGGAGGUCCAGGUCUGUGAGGCUGUCUUUACGCGUCAAACUGCUGUAA